AUGCACGACCUCGAAACCCUCAACACAGGCGGUUACGCCUCCACCACCCACCUCAAACUAACCUGCCCGCUCCCCUCGGGCCUGCCCCCCGCCAUCCUCACCCUCGGCGCCACCCUCACGCACCUCGACCUCUCUUCCACGGGCCUCUCCUCCCUCCCGUCCGAAUUCGGCACCUCCCUUCCCAACCUGCGCAUCCUGUUUUUGUCUUCCAACAAUUUCACCACUUUUCCCUCCGUUUUGGCGGAAUGUCCUUCCCUAGAGAUGGUCGCCUUCCGGUCGAACGGCAUGACUACCAUCCCGGAGGGUUCCUUGCCCAAAAAUCUGAGGUGGUUGAUUCUGACGGAUAAUCAGAUCUCGACGCUACCUGAGGAUUUGGGCAAGUGCGAGAGGCUGGAGAAGUGCAUGUUAUCCGGGAACCGGUUGAGCAGCUUGCCAGAGUCGAUGGCGACGGGGUGUAAAAACCUGGCGCUGCUAAGGUUGAGCGCGAACCGGUUCGAGAGCAUCCCGGAGUGGUUGUUUAACUUACCAAAGCUGGCGUUCUUGUCGUUUGCGGGGAAUCCUUGUGUCAAGGAGCAGACGAGCGCGGCGACGGCGAAGGCGGGGAAGAGGUUUGAUUUGGAGAGGAUCGAGUGGAAGAACCUUCAAGUGCAGGAGACGCUGGGCGAGGGGGCGUCGGGGGUUAUUAGCAGGGGUUUGUGGAAGCAGAGCGAGGAGUACGCGGAGGAGGUGGCCAUCAAGGUGUUCAAGGGCGGCGUGACGAGCGAUGGGACGCCGAAGGAUGAGAUGGCGGCGGUGCUGGCGGCGGGGUUUCAUGAGGGGUUGAUUACGGUUUUGGGGAGGGUGGUUGGGCAUCCUGAUGAGGUUGUUGAAGGAGGCGAGGGGGGUGCUGCUGAAGGGGAGGAGGAGAAGAAGAAGUUCCAAGGAGGGAUUGUGAUGCAGUUGAUUCCGGAGUACUACUCGGCUCUUGGGCUGCCGCCUUCUUUUGAUACGUGCAGCCGUGACUGCUUCCCAGAGGACGCCUCGCUGAGCGCGGCUGAGGCGCUGGGGAUGUUGACAGGCAUUGCUGGAGCGGCCGCUCAUCUCCAUCAGAGAGGAAUCGCUCAUGGCGAUCUGUACGCGCACAACAUCCUGGCUAGCAAGGCAGACAGACAUGCCUUGCUGGGAGACUUUGGUGCUGCUACAAUUUAUGGCACGGACGAGGACAUCUACGCCGGCAUGGAGAAGUUGGAAGUGUUGGCUUUUGCGCAUCUGUUGGAGGAUGUGCUUGGUUUGAUCAGGAGGGAGAAGGAGAAGAAGUCAACUCAGACUCCAGAGGCGAAGAUGGCGAUCGAAGUCGCCGACGCGGCUCCUCCCGCCUUCAGGGACAGCAGCGAACUCACAGAAGAGGAAGAGGAGGCCAUCGCUCAAGGGUUGGAGAAACUGCAGUUGCAGUGUGCUGACCCUCAAGUUAACUCGCGCCCGUCGUUUGAGGAUAUUGCGGUGGAGUUGGAGGACUUGGUUGGCUUCAGGGGUAUGAUGCGGAUUCCGAUUCCCAACCUCAACUAA